AUGAGGGUGCGCUGGACUUUGCAGGGCCUCGUGACUGCCACGUUCAAGGUUGUCGCCAGGUCUCCGAUACAGAAGGGUGAGGAGAUUCGGAUUUGCUACGGUGGCAAUCCGUUCCGGCCGGAUGGCUGUGGCGGCGAUUGCACUGGGGACAUGGCCUUGACCAAUGCGGCGUAUUUGCAGCGAUAUGGCUUCGUGGAUGAUUGCUUCGGCACGACAAUGGUGGAUGGCAAGUGGCUGGUGAAGCCGGAGUCAGAGCCCAUCCGCGAAAGCCUGGCCGAAACCAGCGCAGAAGAGGACGAGAAGCUGUUGUCCGAUAGCUCGCUGUCCAUUCCGGCCAAAACCGCCAUCCAGUUCCGGCGACAGCUUAAGAUUGCGCUCAAGGCUCAGCAAGAGGCGGACGCCUUAAAGGCCAAAGCAGAGGCGGCCAAGAGCGAGGAACAGAAGCAGGCAGAAAGAGAAGCAAAGGAGAAGGCCGAAGAGGAGGCCCGGCUAAAGGAGGCGAACGCGGAGGAGGCACGCAAGCAGCUCUUUGCAGCCCUGGAGGACACGUGCGUCGAAGCUCCGGCAGAGCGCGUCGUAGUUCCGGAAGCUGUAGACAGCGGCAUUUAUGCGCUCCUUAUCCCCAUGGCAGAUGGAGGUCCCGUAGUCGUUUGCCCUCGAGCAGCCCUCAGCGAGAGAAAGACCGGGAGCCAUGGCGCGGCUGGAGCAAUGAGCGGCAUUGUGUCAGACAGCACCUGUUUCUUCCUCACAAGCAAGGAUUAUGGUUUCAGCGCGCUUGACAUGGAGUUGGGUUCUAUCAACAUAGGAGAUCGGACAUACUGUGGAGUGACUGCCGAUGCUAUUGCACAAGAAGUCGAGUCGGUGAUGGAGACGCUGCAAGAAAACGGUUGGAAGGAGAGCUGCUUGCCGAAUCUCCUCCCGGGGAGUAGCGACGGCUGUCCCUGCAACCGCGACAGCCAGGCUUGCCCUCAGGCCGAAACGCUGUCCGUCGUACACCUGAUCCAGUUCUUCAGUGCAAUGAUUCUGGGUGGCGCGUUCGUCUGUGAAUCCUUGCUUGUCUUGGGCAUCAGCAUGUAUUCGCCGAAAAAUAAAGAAGACGGCGAAGAAGACACCUCAACAUGUGGCACCACAGGAGACUUCAUGCUAAAGGAGGUUUGGUCGUACCUGCUCUUGACUGUCCUGCCACAGUACAUACUCCAGCCCAUUGGCUCGGUACAAACGCUGCCCAAGCCGGCAGACAAGGUCCUUCUGAUUCGGACCCCUCCCGACUACUUCUUCCUGAUGUUGUGGAGCUUCUUCAUAAUCCUGCCCUUGGUGACCCUGCUCUUGUGCUAUACCUGCCUGUGCCAGUGCAAGCAGAAGGUACAGGGUGAGCAAGGCAAGAAAGCUGGGUUGGGUUGCUGCUUCUUCGCCAGCCUGGUCCUUGCCUUGCCAGUCGCCAUCUUAGUACCGAUUGGCUACUUCCGGAUGGGAACUUACUUCUUCGUUGACUGGAGCUUCGAGUUUUCCUUUGGCCUCUCCUUCGUGAUGCCUGCCAUGAUCGCGAAGCUUCUGCUGCUCAUGCUUGCAGUUGUUGACACAAUCAACUUGGCAUUGAAGAUGUGCAAGGCGGUGGUGAAGCGGGACAAGGAGCUCCGCAACAUGAACGUCAGCAUCAGCCCAGCCGCCAACAGUUUCGUGACGGGAAAGUCGGACGAUGUCUCGUGGCAAUUCUCCGAGUAUUUUGCAGGUGUGCUUGCUAUCAGGUCGAGGCUGGUGUUUCUCACCUGCGCGGUCAUUCUUGCCGCCUGCAUCCUAUCCGAGGAGCUUCUGGCCAGCUUCGACCGGAAUCCUGUGCCACAGGUCUUCGUCGGCAACUUCGUAGGGCAGAACAACCAGACUUCGGCCAGCCAUGGCCGUGCCAGGGCAGUGAUGACAUCCCACCCUACUGCAGCCGCAGCGCGUGUCUCAAGCCUGGCAUUGACCUUACUGGCAACGAGGACGACCAAGAACUGGUGCUGCGAGGCCGUGCGCAGCAGGUCGCGCUUCGUGGUGCCAGCCCUCGCAAUAUCGCUUGGCUGCGUGCUUGCCAGACAGAGAUGGGCCCCAGCUGUGGACUCGAAUACUCAUCGAGGAGCGUUCACGGAGGCAGUCUCGUUCAGGCGGCACGGGCAUUCUGAUGCGGAUUAUCCCAGAGGGCCCAGCAUCUUUCGCGGAGAGUCAGCUGAUGAAAUGAUCAGGUGGUACCAGCCCCCCGCGCGUGAAUACUCCCGACGAGAACUCAUUGCAGAUCGCCUCGUGAACUUCGGAGGCGUCACAGCAGCGCUGCUGGCAGCACCGCUUCUCGUCCUUGUGUCGCGUGCAGGCGGAGAUUCAGUGGUAAGACAAGCUGGGUUGUGUGUUCACGGAUUAUGCAUGAUUCUCAUGUUCAGCUGCUCCGCCCUUUUCCAUUACUGGGCCUGGGAUGGAUCGUGUCAACGCUUCCUUUUGAUGCUUGACCAUAUCGGAAUCAACUCCAUGAUUGCCGGCUGCUACACUCCUGUUAUGAUCCAUUGCCGCUGCUAUCGUCUUCUUCUUUUCGUCUGGGCUUGUGCUGUGGUCGGCUUCGUUGGUGAAACUAUGUUGUAUAUUGGAUGGAAGCAAAGUGUCCAACUCGACGAGGAAGUAGAAGGUGGUGUUGACGUGAUGUUUCACCCCAUCCGUUACCUGGCGAUGGGUUGGUCUGUCGUCGGCGUUUGGAGCGAGGUCAUGAAAUACGUCUCGACACGGGGCAAAGCUCUCAUGAUUGCAGGUGGCUUGAGCUUCACGUUGGGCGUGCCAUUCCAUUUGUGUGCCAGCGUGGAAUUUCACCACGCGACGUGGCAUUUGUUCGUCUUCAUUGGCUCGGCCUUUAUGUACUCCGUCUGCCUCUUCGAAAUUGCCGGAAACAGGUGGGGGUGCAAGGUUGCCGUUGCUAGCUUCAAGUUGUUUCAAACCGGGCAGGAGUUGACCAAGAAGCGCGCUCUAGAUGGGAUCGAUCGAUUGUCGUUCGGGCACCAAGCCCCGGGAGUCAUGGGUGCGGAGGCGGAUUCAGGCCUGGACGUGACGGGCGACGGUGCCGUGAUGGCGCUUGGUCAGACUGCCAAGGUGCUGGAGAAUACAUGUCCCAAUUUGCGUACCAUCAUGCAGGCCAAGAAGAACAGGGAAGAUGGACAACAGCUGCAGCCUCAGCAGCUGGGCACUUCUUUGAUCGGAGUGCGGGAGAACGAAGGCUACACUCGUAUUGCAAUGCCAAGGGUCAUAGUGACCAUGACUCUGGAUGGGUCAGCCGCGGCGAAUGCCGAGGUACAAACCUCGAAGCCGAGCUUGUCGAAGACUUGGACUCAUGCUGAUAGCUUUGGGUCGGUGCUGGUGUCACCCGAUUGCGGCUUUUCGCUGCAUAUUGAGCUGGAGAAGGUGGAUCUCGAGUAUCUUGGCAAGAAGGUCGUGAACUAUGCGGUCCUCAUGAACACGCUCACGUUGGUACAACUUCGUGGCUUCCUGUCCCAGAUGCGGCACCACGAGGAGGAGCAUGCUUCGGUGACGAAGCUCUCCGUUCUGGGGAUUGCCAUGCAGGCUCUCAUGGAUGCUUUCGAUUCCUUCCUUCACCUGAGUGUGGCAGCGCCAGUGCAGGCACUGAACACGUAUAACUUCGCGGUGGUCUCAAUGCUCAAGUUUUCCCUUUUCGCUUUGGUUGAGGUGCGCUACCUCUUGCUGAUUUGGAGGCAUCAUCACCAGCACGUUUUCGCAGAAGGUUGGGAGACUGUGCGGCAAGAGCUGUCGCGGGUCUAUGCACAGUUCUAUGGUGCAUUGAUUGGAGGACUUGUUUUCAUCUUCGUCGCCUCGGACUACUUGGACAUUGUGGCGCUGGCAAUGCAGGCAUACUGGGUUCCGCAAAUACUUCAUGAUGUGAGGCAUGGCUCCAAGAACUCCUUCACGCGACGAUUCAUCAUCACAAUCGCGGUGACUCGCACUUUGGAGUUCCUCUACCUUUGGGGAUGUCCCGCAGGUCUUUUCAACGGCGACAUCUACCCUCAGCUACCUGGGACGCAAUCGUUUCAGCUUUGUGCAGCUGCGGUUUGCCUCCAGACCGCGCAGGUGGCAGUGAUGCUGUCACAGCAGCGGCUCGGGCCCAGGUGGUUCGUGCCAUGGCUGUGCCUCCCUCACGUGUACAACUACCGUCGGACUGCGCAGGCCGAUGUGGGUACCGAGUGUGUCAUCUGCAUGCUGGAAAUCACUCCCGAGGAUGGAUCUCACAUUGUCACCACACCGUGCGACCACCGCUUCCAUGACUCGUGCCUGGAGAGGCCGGAAAUCGAUUCCAACAUUGAAACAGGGCCAGCGUAG